AUGAAUUUAAAUUAUAUUGACAAUUAUUGUUAAGCUUUAGAUGUCUCAUAAUAAUAAUAAAAACCAUAGAGUAUGCAUUAUUCAAAUAGAGAAUACACUUUUGCUUCAUCUGGUCAAAAUUAAGUAGUUAACAUGGACAAAAAAUAAUAGCAACAAGAUUCAAAUUUUAUUUACAAAUAUCACAAUAGCAGCCUCCCUCCCAAAAAUUACACUAAGAAGAAAUCACCGAGUCAACCUACUUCAUAUUGGAAUAAAUUGAAAUAAUAAUAUGUUCCAUUACAAUCAACUCAGUCGACACAUCAUAGUAAUCAAAACCAAUCAGUUGAAAGUGAUCACUAGAGUUAUGAAUAAUUGGCUAUUUACAAUAACCUAUUGAAGUUGGAGUUGGAAAAACAAUUGUUUAAUUGUGGAGUUUUUGUUAUCAAAUAAAAUAAUGGAAAAUGCGUUGACUUUUACAUGGAAUUAAAAAAACAGAAAGAGCAUUAUGAAAAAUAGAUCUAAGAGUUGUAGGGCAUUAUUUAAAACUAUUAAAACAAUGUUAAUGAAUAAAUUGACUAUUCUGAAUAUUAACGAUAGAAUCAAGAAUUAAGUACAACAAUUCAACAAGCAAUUUCAAAACUCACAUUAGCCAACUAAACAAUCAAUUAAUUAGAACAAGAAAAAGAAUCAUUGCUAGAUUAUGUUGAUAAGUAGAAAGACAUUGCUGAACAAUUAAAGUAGUAAAAUGAUCAUUAGGAUAUAAAAUAAAAAGAGAUGAAAGUUAUGAUUUUACAAUUGUAAAAAUAAAUUGAAUAAUACAAUGUUGAAGUGAUGGAGAAAGAGGACUUCAUCAAAGAAAUUAGUGAGAUGUAAAAUAAGAGUAAAAGUUUAUUGUAGGAUGAAAUUAUGACAUAUCAAUAAUAGAUUACUACACUUCAACGAUAAUUAUAAGAUUAUGAAUAGUAAAAUAAGGAUUUAAGUAGAAAAUUUAAUGACAGUGCAUCUUAAAUCCAAAUGGUAAUUAGACAGUCUGAUGACAAGCAAAGUUAACUUCAAUUUACACAGAUUUAAGAUAAUCAUAGUGUUUGUGAAUUUGAUAGCAAUUUAAAAUCAUCAAGAAAUACCAACCUUAUUCAGAAGUAAUAAUAAGGUUUAGAUUAGAUGAUUCGAAUCAAUAAAUAAACUCUCUCAGAUUUUUAGCAGUAAUUGAUGUUACAUCAGAAAUUAGGAGAGUAUUAGGAGAAAUAAAGUAAUUAAUUAUAACAGAUUGAAUCAUAUAAUAAAUAACUAAUAACAAUCACAUAAUAGAACUAAACACUACUCUAAUAAAAUUCCUGUCUUAUAGAAAAGGAAGUUCAUCUAAAUCGGCAAUUAUAAGAAUUAAGUUAAAAUCUGGAUAAACUUUAAUUGGAAAGAUAAGAAUAAGUGGAAUAAAUGGAAUUAUUACAGCAGUAAGUCAUAGAGCAAAAUGAAAUCAACUAAGAUUUAAAUGAUUAAUAUUUAAGAUAAACAAAUGAGUUGUAAAAUGCAAUUCAAAUUUAAUAAAAGUAUAACACAUUAUAACUUAGAGUUUAAGUAGAUGUGGAAUAUUAUGAGAAGUAAAUCAUCUUCUUUAUUUUAGCAUAAUAUCUGACUUUACUUCCUAAUUAAUUAAAAUUUUUAAGAAGAUUGAAGACAUAGUAGUUAAAUUAUCAGCUUCUGAUUUAAAUAAAAUUUAAGUAAAUGAGAUCUCGACCAAUACAAUAUUGAUAUCUCUUGAUCAUCUAGAAAAUUUGGUCAUUAGAAAUCUGGGUUGUAGUAAAACUCAAGUAAACAAUUCGAAUCCAAUUAAUAAUAAUACUUAGUUCAAUUUCUCAACUAUCCAAACUCCAACUAAUAAUAUGGUGCAGCAUAGUAAGUACUUUUCAAAUGAAUGUUUUGACAGCAAUCAAAAAAACAGUAUGUUGAGCAACUUAAGCAGUCAUAAUAAACCAUAUUUAGUGAAGAGGAAUUACUAUUUGUGAAUUUAUUUAUUUAUAUGCUGAAAUCAAAUAAACUAACUUCUGAGUCAGCUCUAACUACUAACAGACCCACUAGUCGUAUAGAUUCGUCUUAUUUAAACAGAGGAACUUCCCAGCACACUUAAAGAUAAAGUACAAAUAAAAAAUAUUGGAUUCAAAUCAAUAAAGCUCAUGAGGAAAUUAUUGACACUUAACCUUACAUUACGAUUGAAAAGUUUAGAAAAACAAAUUCAUGUCACAUCAGAGUUAGUUUAGCAUUAAUUUUACUUAGCCAUCCCUAAAUAGGAAGACAAGUUCCGACAUAAAAAAUUAAUUAGAGUUAAAUGAGAUUAAACAAUAUAUUCAAGAAGUUGAUGACAACUAUGAGGAUCAACCAUUUUGUAAAAAGGAGAAUCCAAAAUAAAUACAGCAAUACUAAAAUGAGAAGAGACUCAACCAUUUAAAUUUAAUAUUGACAUAAUUCAGAGAAGAAAUAAAAAGUAGAAAUAUAUCAAAUGACAUAGAAUCUUAAAAUUAAUAAAGUAUUUAUAUAAUUUGAUGAAUACAAGAAUUCAACAAUAAAAUUAAGAUUAGAGCAAAACAGAUUGCAAUUAUUAAGUACUUCUUUCAAUAAUCUUAGAUAAAAAUCAGACAACCAAAUAGGCUUUAAACUAUCCAAACUAAAAUAAUAGAAUAUAUAACCGUAGCUGAUUUACAGCAACCAUCUUAAAGUACUAAAUGAUUUAAAUUUAAUGAAUCUAGUCCUUUAGAGCCUCUUCAGAUUACAUUUUGAAUUAAAUACCACUCUUACCUACUUAAUAGAUAUCGAAAUUGACUGAAAAAUUAGGGAAUUUAGACAAUUACAAGUAAGAAAAGUGAUUAUUAAUCAUUUAUUAGUUUAGCAAGUGAAAGAGUUGGUAAACUUAAAGAGUAUUGUGGGAGACCCUAAACAUCUAUGAAAAGGAUUCUGAGAAGGAAUAAAAAGUUUCCUGAUGAAUUAGAUAAUCAGUUAUUUAUGGAUGAAUCAGUUAUUAGUGAGACUGAAGGUAUGACUGUUGUUCCUAUUAAUCUUAGCCAAAUUAAAUUCAUUAUAUGGAGAAAGCAUUUCGGUUUAAAAGAAUUUAAUUUAAAAUCAAAAAAGCAAUCCUAUUAAAGCAAUCUAAGCAAUAAAGAAGAUGGAUCAAAUAAAGUCCAUUAUCAAUAAUGUUAACGCAAAUAAAUUAAUGAACAAGUUUAUAAUAUGA